UGAACAAAAUGUACCUUUUAUUAUUUUUGAGUGGAGUCAAUAGAAAACAGAGGAAUGUAAAGUAAAUUCAAGUCAAAAAGAGAUGGAAAAUGUACUGUACACACAUCCAUCUUCCGUUACACAACAUCUGCUGCUGCCGCAAUUGCUGUAUUGUAAAUGCUCUAUUUCAAAUAAUUUCUCAAAACUUCAAAAUAAUUAAAGAAAAAAAAUUAAAAUACUUUACAUAUGUAUUUGACCAAGGUCCUGUUACAAAUGAUCAAAACUUCUGUAAAUAUGUAUACGUAUACAGAAGGUAUUGAAAGGAGUACAUCGUUAGCACAAGUUAGUGUUGACAAAUGACAGUGAUCUGCAGACCGCACAUUGCAGUACAUCCAUUGGCUGUCACGUUGUUGUAGUUAAAAAAACAAAAAACUAGCUUGCACACUGAGAUUGAGGAAGCACGUCUACUGUAAGAGUGACAUACCGAUAGUGCAAUCAGAGCUGAUUAUGUUCAAGUCUUUGCCCGCCUACCUCUUAAAUUAGCCAAUGGCCGUUUAUGGACGAGACUUCCGUUACAGCGAUUUAGGCAUUAGGCUAUCUAUCAGUUUAGGGGGGCAGUCUGUCUGGCCAUUACAUAUGAACGAGCAACGUGCGUGAUAAUGGUGUAGUGAGUAGUCUCUUCGUCUUGUCGUUGUUUAGAGAUAACUGGCCAGUUUUAACUGUCAGGAUUGCAUGUGACCGAGUUAAUUACUUUGGUUCAAAUAUCGAUAGUUGUUUUUGGAUGAGAGACAUUACAGUUACUGUUCGCAAGCUAAUGCAAACUAUCAACUCCCAGCCGGUGACGGAGAGCUGCAAAGAAAGUGUCGCUAGCUGAUCUUGAUUUCAAACGCCUUUACCACAUGGCUUAGUCGUUUUACUUCAUAGAACUAGUGUUAACUCGCUAUAUUGUGUUCCUAAACCGUAUACAUAGCUCUGUAAUAUAAUUUAUUUUCGGCGACUGGCGUUAUUUAUUUAUUUUAUUUAGUACACUUUGAUUUCAGUCUGUAAUAUUGCUAUCCUGGAAAAUAGCUUUAGCACUACUGCAUUAUUAUCGUAGUAUCUGCUAUUUAGCUAUCGGAGGAUGGUGUCCCCCGUCGCAACCUAGAUAAAGGUCGCUAAAGUCAAGACUUACGGAGCAGUAAUUUUGUCGAUCGUGGAUCAAGCUUGGUAGUGAAAUUUUGACCAUCGGUAACAUCAGGCUACUCAUACUUCUAAGUUAGCUAACGAUACGCUAGCCUACCAAACAUAAGCAAAAAUUGACCAAACUGGAAUUUGCUAGACUAGCUACAAUGACGCUGAAAGUCGAAACAUAUCGGGAAUAGUGUGCGCUUUGUUUUCAGGGAUUUCCAAUAUUCGCUUACUUCCACAUCGCGAACGUCACGGUUUCAUUUUCAAGCUAGCGACUCCAUCUACCUUUUCACAACCAAGUGAACUGGUACAAUUUGAGCAGUCUGCAGUUGAGUAGCUCGUUUUUCGUUGACCGCUAACUCUGGCUAUCUGAUCAUCAUCGAGUACUUACUCUUGCUUGUUGCUAGCUUGUUGUAGACGUGGUAUAGCUAGCUAGCCAUCUAGCUAACUGAGGUUGUUCGAUAAAAAAAAUUACCGCCUGCGUAAGAAGGCCGACAGUUGUUAUUUUUAGUAAGAAUACGUAUAAAAUGAAUGGGUUUAGCACUGAAGAGGACAGUCACGAUGGGCCUCCAGCUCCGCCGUUUUACGGACAGAGCUGCUGUCUUAUUGAUGACGGGGAACGCUGCGGCCGAUCAGCUGGAAACGCGUCCUUCAGCAAGAGGAUUCAGAAAAGCAUAUCCCAGAAGAAACUCAAGCUAGACAUUGACAAAAGCGUGCGACACCUGUACAUAUGUGAUUUUCACAAAAACUUCAUCCAGAGUGUUCGCAACAAGAGGAAGAGGAAGGCCAGCGAUGAUGGCGGGGAUUCGCCAGACCGAGACGUUGAAGUGCCGGAGGUUGACUUGUUCCAGCUGCAGGUGAAUACACUGCGACGCUACAAACGACACUACAAACUGCAGACCAGGCCAGGCCUCAACAAAGCACAGCUGGCAGAGACUGUUAGUCGCCACUUCCGGAAUAUCCCUGUGAAUGAGAAGGAAACGCUGACGUACUUCAUAUACAUGGUGAAGAGCAACAAAAGUCGUUUGGACCAGAAGACUGACGGCAGUAAACUGGAAUAAGGUUGUUUUUUUGUUUUUUUUCCCGUUUGUUUUGUUUUGUUUUUUUUAACUCUCAGUUUUGUGAAAGGGUGUGCAAGCAUGUAUAUUAUAUCCUUUAGGACAGGGGUCUCCAAUCUUAUCCUAAAAGGGCCGGCGUGGGUGCAGGUUUUUGUUUUAACCCAGCAGUAACACACCUGAUUAUACUAAUGAACUAAUCGUGGUCUUUAAUCAAGACCUAGAUGAGUAGAAUCAGCUGUCUUAGUCCUGUGCUAAAACAACAACCUGCACACACACCGGCCCUUUCUGGAUAAGAUUGGAGACCCCUGCUUUAGGACUUCACAGAUUCAAUGUGUUAAAAGCUUAUAUUGGGAAUAAAUAUAUAUGUUCAAACAUACAGAACACAAACAUUACCAGUAGAAGAUGUAGUACCAUUACAUUGAGAGAUUUCUGUUUUGCUUUGUUUAGAUUUUUUUCCUUUUUUAAAUUGGUGCCGACUGUUGACUGCUCUACAAAAUGUAUAUUAUUGUGCCAAACUGCAGUGUGUAAACUAUUCAUGAAAUAUGUGUGUUUUUAAUGAAUGCGAUGGUGGUGACGUGGUCAGAGACGGUUUUGUCGGAUCUGUAUGUGCAGGCUUUAAAAGUCUUCUAAACAGGGUCCUUUGUUGUAAUGGAAGGUUAGUUCUCCAUUUCUCCCCUGGGCUCUCCACAGAUGGGUCUUUCCACUGGGCUUCCUUCCGGUAUCUUCCAUAUCUCACACAUUCCCACUGGCAGCCAACACAUCACUCACUGAACAUGCUUUCUGUGUCCUUACUGUAUAAUACUCUGCAAUUUCAUUUAUGUGAGUGUUUUUUUUGUUUUUUUUCCUCAUUGUCUAUUUAAGUUUCAUCUCUAUCUUUUGAAAUGUUAAUAUUUUAAUUGUUUUGAUGAGCGUAUGAACCUCCGCCCACCCAUCCCCCCCACCCCCCAAAAUCAAGGGAAAGUGAACAUUAAAUGUCCAAUGGUUAAUACUCUCCCAUGUGAUUUUGUUUGAAUUUAUCUGAAUGGUCACUACUUGUACUAUUUGUCCAUUAGCAGAGAGGGUAAACUCCACAGGUUUUGUCAGAGUGCUGCACAAAACUCUUUUACGCUGGAUCAGUGGUUUCCAAACUGGGGGUUUUGAGAGGGCAAGGGUUGUCAGAUUAAUGCAGUGCAGUUACACGCACUGCACAUGCACCCGAUUUCACAUGUUAUAAACAUUUCAUGAGGCUGCUGUUCAGGUGCUAUUCUAAUGUCUGGAUUCUACACCAGAACAUGGCAGCAGCAGCCUCAUAGGGUAUUGCAUAAUUGCAUAAGUGUUGGGGGAAAGGGAGGUCUCAGUCAAUGGAACAUUUGUGUAUUUUCCAGUACCAGCGGCUCCCUAUAGUUAAAUCUGCAGGAGAAAAGUCAUCCACAGACUCCUAAGUCUGUAAAAGUAUAUGGCACUCAUUAUCCUGUUGGGUCACAUGCAGUCAGUCUUUUUGCGCUGACCGGGGAGGGUGUGAUUUAAUUCGGAAGGACCGCCCCGGUCCAUUGUACAUUGACAGUCUUCCUGUACGAGCUACACAUCAUGUGCUCUAAAACUCGAUGUCUGUGCAAGCUUAACUGGUGAAAAAAGCUGUGGAUAGUAUCCUGUGCUGGUUUGCCCUCUUCCAAAUUGGCAGUGGGCGUAUUUGUGCUCAUCACUAGAAGAAUAUUGGUACAAUUUAAAAAAUGUACAUUAUUCCAUAUUGGAAAGUACACCUGGCUACAUUUGAAUAAGGAGUGGGUCACAGAAAAUGCUUUCCUAAUGAAGCGGGCCAUGGGCUCAGGAACACUGAGGACCCCAGUUCUGGAUCACAUCUCACAGAGGACCUGGAUGGCCAACUGUGCCCUGCAUUGUGUCUACUGGGUGUUUCCCUGAAGCCUCACCGAGCACCGGUUUUAUUAAAGUACAGAGAUACGGUGACUUUCAGAAUUCUCACUUUGUACUGAUUUAUUUCUCUUCUGAAUUGGAGGUCAAGUCUCAAGCACUGAAAAGUGGCCCUGCUUACUUUGGAAGCAAAUUUUUUUUCUAUUCUUUUUUUUUUUUUUUUUUCUAAAUUGUUUUAUUUAAACUGCCUAAAAUUUGCAGCUCCUGAGAAAAUACAAGUUAAGGUAUUGUCCUUUAUGAAAUAUGUGGUCACAGGACAUUGGGAAUUUAUGGACUUCAUUAGUCCAUAAUUGUCAAAGUGGAGACGUAACUCUAGGAUCUGAAUGUAUGGUGGGGUUUUGAGAGGAUGUUUGGAAUGUACAAACCUGUCCCAGAUCAGCUUUUUUGUCAUUUUUGUUUUGUGAGUAACUGCAUCUGUAAUAACCCGUGGUAGUGAGAGCAGUGGUGCUGUUUUUUGUAGCUUUUAAGUUGCAAAAAGAUUCUUUUUUUAUUGAGUCAGUAUGUUUUAACAGAAGUUUUUACAGCUCAGCAGAAAUCACCCUUUCAAAUACUGCGUAGAUACCUUGCAGUAGAAACCCUGUAAUAUGCACUACUGGCAAAACUCUUGUCAUCAGCAGUACUGCCCUAACUGACUUCAUCAGCAAUACUGCAUUAACUCUUGAUUUCAUCCCAGCACAGGCAAAGCCUCACAUAUUGCCUUAUUUUGAUGUCGUUCGCUAUUGGUUGUCACAUGGAGGUCUUAUUUAAUUUGAUUGUACUGAGUAAUGUGUUAUUUGUCCUUUGCUGGUGUAGUAUCGAGCUGUGAUCAUGUCACGUAGCAUGACAACAUGUAGCAGUAUAAUGUACACUGCAUGUUUGCUGUUCAGACCUAUUUACUGUAUUAGUUAUGUUUGUACAUAUGGCUGCUUAUUGCUUUCAAUAAAUGAUCUGUACACAGAAAA